UCUGUGUAUUCGUUUUUUAUAAUACAGUAUGAAAUCGACAUUUGCCGAAGUAUUUUAGGCUUCGAUUUUCACUUGAAUCUAAAUCCCAAGGACAAGACUGCUGUCAUGUCACUGAAUCAUUGACUACACGUUUUUAAAGUUGACAGUUAAAAUGCUAGAGAUUUGGCGUGAUUCUAAUCGUACUGUGUGUGUGUGUGUUACUGAUUUACGAGCAGAAAUCCUUACUACAUGGUUUUCUUCUUGAUUAUGCAGGGCAAUAUGUCGCGUAAGUUGCACGCGAGAAGAAUUGAAGGAAUUGACAAGAAUACAUGGGUGGAAUUCAGUCAGCUGGCUGCUGACUAUAAGGCUGUGAACCUGGGUCAGGGCUUCCCUGAUUUCUCCCCUCCUCAUUUCAUUCAGGAGGCCUUCUGCAAAGCCCUGAAUGGAGGUUUCUCCAAGCACCAGUAUACACGCGCUUUUGGCCACCCAAAUCUUGUGAAGAUCCUGGCCAAAUUCUUCGGUAGGAUUGUUGGCCGGGAAAUAGACCCAAUGGAGGAUAUCUUGGUUUCUGUAGGAGCAUAUCAAGCACUUUUCUGCACCUUCCAGGCUCUUAUUGAUGAGGGCGAUGAGGUGAUUAUUGUGGAGCCAUUCUUUGACUGUUAUCAGCCAAUGGUAAUGAUGGCGAGCGGAACAGCUAUAUAUGUGCCCCUUAAACCAAGGGAAGGCUGUGGUCCUGUUCUAUCCAGUGCUGACUGGGUGUUGUCUCCUGAAGAGUUGGCGAGUAAAUUUAGUCCUCGUACCAAAGCCAUUGUCAUUAACACUCCUAAUAACCCUCUUGGCAAGGUCUAUCAGCAGGAGGAACUUCAGAUGAUUGCGGACUUGUGUAUUAAACAUGACGUCAUUUGCAUCAGUGAUGAGGUAUACGAGUGGCUCACAUAUGAUGGAACAAAACAUGUGAAAAUUGCCAGUCUGCCAGGUAUGUGGGAACACACUGUCACCAUUGGGAGUGCAGGCAAGACUUUCAGUGCCACAGGAUGGAAGGUGGGUUGGGCAAUGGGACCAGGGCAUAUCCUGAAGCACUUAAAAACCGUCCAUCAGAAUUCAGUGUAUCACUGUGCCACAGCUGCCCAGGAGGCUGUAGCAGUAGGUUUUCAGAGGGAAUAUGAUGUAUUUGGAUCAGAGGAAAGCUAUUUCCACCAGUUACCCAUACAUCUUCAUGAAAAGCGACUGAGGCUGGCAGAUUGUCUGAAGAGUGUUGGCCUAAAACCUGUACUACCCCAAGGAGGAUACUUCAUGAUCGCAGAUAUCUCAAAUCUUAAUGUUGACCUUACUGAUCCUAGUACUAAAGAUGAACCCUAUGACUACAGAUUUGUGAAAUGGCUCAUAAAAGAGAAGGGACUGGCCACUAUCCCCGUGUCUGCAUUCUACAGCCCGGAACACAAAGACCAAUUCCAGAAAUACAUCCGAUUCUGCUUUGUAAAGGAGGACUCAACCCUGCAAGCAGCAGAGGACAUACUGAGGCAGUGGAGUGACAGCAAAUGAAAAUUCAAAAUUCAGACAGUACAGGCCUUGCACAGACUGAAAAAUCUGAAAAGCAAGAGAUCUUAUAGCAUAAUCUAAAAUGAGACUGGUUUGUUGCAGUUUGGGAUAUGAAUAGUUAUUAAAAAGAAAAGUGUUUAUUAUUAGGCUUAAGAUUGAGAGCAGAUGGUGCUAAUUGCAUCACAAAACAGAGGGAUGAAAAUCUUGCAUGGCAUGUGGGGUU